GACACGGAGGAGGCGCGCUCACGCGCAGUUCCGGAGCGCGCGCAGACGCUCGGAGAGGAGCUCCGGGACUGUAGAGCCGAUUCCAGCUCCCGCCGCCAGCUCGUGUCGGUUUAUUUACACCCGGAACGCCAACUUUAACCCGCAAGGUGCUUCUGUUACUGCUGCUGACCCCUUCUGCUGGGAUCACACUUGACCUUUGCUGUGGCCCUCAUCAGCUCCAUUUUUCCUUCCACCUCCUCCUCCAUAUCCCUCCUACUCUUCCUUGUAAUCCCCUCCCCUCCUCGGUGUCUCAUAGCCCCCGGCUUAUUACUCUAACCCACUGACGGGAGCAGGGCAGGAUUUGGCGGAGGAUGAAGCGGGUCUGGUUUCCAACACCAGACAGGGGAUAGAAGACACAAAAGAACCAGCGAAGGAGAGAGGAGGAGCAAAGGACAGAAAAGAAAGAAAGGAAAGCAGUCAAAUCCACAAGAUGCCACUGUGGAGGAAAGAAAGAAGUUUCUCUUCAUCGCCAUGAGCUGUCAAAGUGUUCCUAAAUCCAGAUUUGGACUUUUUUUGCCCCACAAAAAAAGUUGUGGAGACACACAGUUCUACCCUCUAAGCCUCUUUUUUUAAAAACCCACUAUGUCUCUGUAAGAAGUGAUAGCCAUGCCAACCAAAGGAAAGUACCUGCUGAACGACCAGGAGCUGAAAAAUGAGGCACUCUACCGCAAAUUCUCCUGCAUCAGCCAGUAUCAGCCGCUGGUUCUCCUGCUGGGCCUCUCCAUCCUCUGCUGCGGAAUUCUGCUCAUCCUCUUCUUUGCCCUUGGACUGCGUGCGGGGCAGCACUGUGCCUUUGUGAGCGUGGUGAGCGGCAGCCUGGGCGUGUUCUUGGUGGUGUUUGUGCUGGUGUGCACGGAGCUGCUCUCACAGCGAUGGAGGCUUCUGCUGGGCCUGGUGGUCUGGGCCACUCAUCUCAUCUUAGGGUACACCUUUGUGUUCAGCAGCCCCAUCGUCAUGCCCUGGGACCAGGUGCCUUUCUUCCUCUUCAUCAUCUUCACAGUUUACACCAUGCUGCCGUUCCAGUUGUGGUACGCUGUGGUGCUGAGUGCCAUCUCCUCCCUGUCUCACAUUUUGGUACUCACUCUGCGCCUCACAACCUACAGUUCUGAAUCCAACAGUUAUCUUACCAACCAGCUGCUGUCCAAUGCCGUGGUGUUCCUCUGUGGCAGCGCUGUGGGAGCCUUUCAUAAGGUCCUGAUGGAGAAAACUUUGCGGCAGACUUUUCAAGAUACUCUGAGGUGCCUGAGCAUGCGGAUGAAGCUGGAGAUAGAAAAGAGACAACAGGAGAACCUGCUGCAGUCUGUGCUUCCCGUCUACAUUUCCAUGAAGAUGAAACUGGCUAUAAUGGAGCGCUUGCAGGACUGUAAAGACAAAGAAGAGCAGCAGCGACUGGUCAAAGACAACAACUUUCACAGCCUUUAUGUUAAGAGGCACGAAAAUGUCAGUAUCCUUUAUGCUGACAUUGUUGGCUUCACCCGUUUGGCGAGUGACUGUUCUCCCAAGGAGCUUGUAAUUAUGCUCAAUGAACUGUUUGGCAAGUUUGAUCAAAUUGCUAAGGAAAAUGAAUGCAUGAGAAUUAAGAUCUUGGGGGACUGCUACUACUGUGUGUCGGGGCUGCCGGUGUCGCUGCCGAGGCAUGCCAAAAACUGUGUCAAAAUGGGCCUGGACAUGUGUGAAGCUAUCAAACAGGUGCGGGACGCCACAGGAGUAGACAUCAACAUGAGAGUGGGGGUUCACUCAGGAAACGUGCUCUGUGGUGUGAUCGGCCUCAGAAAGUGGCAGUUUGAUGUGUGGUCACAUGACGUGACUCUGGCCAAUCACAUGGAGUCUGGAGGCCUCCCAGGUCGAGUUCAUAUCACAGAAGCAACUCUGAAGCACUUGAACAAGGCUUACGAAGUGGAAGAAGGUAACGGUCACCUCAGAGACUCUUACCUCAAUGAGCUGAAAAUCAAGACGUACCUCGUCAUCGAUCCAAGGUCCAAGGAUUCAUCGCUGAACACCCGAAAUGCUCCCAAACCUCGAGUGAACGACGGUCUGAAGAUGAGAGCCUCUGUCCGGAUGACUCGCUACCUUGAGUCCUGGGGCGCCGUCAAACCCUUUGCACAUCUUCAGAGCCGAGAGGGUUUUCCCACGGACGCCAUCGUUAAUGGCAAACUACGUCAGAGGGAUAUUCCUCUGCGUCCAGCUCACGGAUCCCACCUCACUGAAAGCAUUGACGAGUCUCUCGAAGAGCCGUUCUCCUUACCCAAUCCUCCGUUCGGCAGCUCUAAGAACAAAUCCCAGAAGAGCAAGUUUGAUGAGGAGCUGCACAAUGAGAUGACCACCACCAUAGAUGAGCUCAGCAGCAAGCAGUGGUCGAAAUCUGAAGAGAGUGGAAGUUUAGCUCUGUGGUUUCCAAAGAAAGACCUGGAAAAACAGUACCGAGCCCUGGAUUUGCCGAUGUUCAAACACUAUGUUAGCUGUGCAACCUUCAUUUUCCUCUGCAUCUUUCUGAUUCAGAUGCUGGUCACAAACAAUCGACAGACGCUGGGGAUGUCAUUUGGAGUGCUGCUUUGUGUGCUGAUGCUGACCCUGGCCAUCUGUUUCGCAGGUCACAUUCAGCGCUUCUUUCCAGAGAAACUGUCUCAGUGUCAGUGGCUGCCAGCUGUGUCGGAGGCGGUGGUUAAGCGGCCGUGCGUGCGUCUGCCUCUGGCUACCGUCACGACUGCGGUCAUCAUUAUCUUGGCGGUGUUCAACAUGUGUUUUAUUCACAGGAGUGAGAAAGAAGACUCUGAUCUCUUCUAUCUACCUUACUCCGUUUACUGCUGCAUCCUCUCGCUCAUCGCCUGUGGAGUGUUCCUCCGCGUGAGCUUCGAGCUCAAAGUGCUCUUCCUCACCUUGGCCUCCACCACGUACUACAUCAUCAUCUUCAGCAGCAGUAAGGAUCUCUUCAAGGCUUACGGAGACGCCCUUCACGCUCAGAUCAACAGCAGCUGUAAUGGCAGCAGUAGGGGAGAUGAUUUUAUGGACCUCCUGAGCUGCAUAGGGCUCGUUAAACACCCCCAGUACAUGAGCUGCAUUUACAUCACGCUGUUCCUGAUUACCAUGCUCAUCAUCUCACAGCAGAACGAGUACUGCUUUCGCCAGGACUUCCUGCUGAAGUAUAAGAACCGCACCGAGCAGGAUGAGAUUGAGACCAGGGAGAACCUGAACCGCCUCCUGUUGGAGAACGUACUUCCAGCCCACGUGGCGACGCUGUUUGUCGGGGAGAACAAGAAGAACGAGGACCUCUACUACAAGUCCUAUGACUGCGUGUGUGUGAUGUUCGCCUCGGUGCCGGAUUUCAAAGAAUUUUACACCGAGUGUGAUAUUAACAAAGAGGGCCUGGAAUGCCUGAGGCUGCUCAAUGAGAUCAUCGCCGACUUUGAUGAGCUGCUGUCCAAACCAAAGUUCAGCGGUGUGGAGAAGAUCAAGACAAUUGGCAGCACCUACAUGGCGGCCGCUGGCCUCAGCGGGGCGCCCGGUCAGGAGAACAAUCAGGACCGGGACAAGCAGCAGGCGCAGAUCGGGAACGUGGUGGAGUUCGCCAUCGCCAUGAUGGGCAAGCUUGACGGCAUCAACCGGCAUUCUUUUAACACCUUCAGGCUCCGCGUGGGAAUUAAUCAUGGCCCCGUGAUCGCAGGAGUGAUCGGGGCCAGAAAACCCCAGUACGAUAUCUGGGGGAACACAGUUAAUGUAGCCAGUAGAAUGGAGAGCACCGGGGAGCUGGGGAAGAUUCAGGUAACGGAGGAAACGUCGGAGGUGCUGCAGGAGCUGGGUUACUCCUGCGAGUGCCGAGGACUCAUCAACGUCAAGGGCAAAGGAGAGCUGAAAACCUUCUUUGUCUGCACCGACAUGAGCAAGCAGCAAGGCAUGGGGCUGAGCUGAGGCCGCGCUGCGCUGCUGAAGGACUCAUACACACAAGUCAAAGGGUUUACAGACUGAAGCGCUGGUCACACUGAAACACAAUGAGGCUCCUGUGGCGUUUCAGAAGAGGAUUUAGAGCUUCACGGUUUGGCAGAUAUCAGAAGCGAUGAAGAGCAUUCGCUUGAACAAUCGGCCUUUUCACCUUUACAUCCACGUGCAGUGAUUUGUUACUUUUGUACUUUUUCCUGCAUCAGUUACUGAAGUAGAAUGACUGUAUUGUAUUACACUCCGUCGGUUGGAUAAGAAGUUUUCUAAAAAGCUGAUCAGGUCACUGUUUGGAGAGGCGGCGGACUCUAUUCCACAUAUUUCUGAUUCAGGCUUCAUAUCUUUAGGAUUCUGCGUGCGUUUUCCUUCUAAUCGCUGCUUCUUUGUCACAAACAUGUAAAGAGAUCUGUUUUUAUCUACUCUUUGAUUUUAUUCUGUUUAGUUAAGAGAGAACUGGAUUGCUUUCUGUGCCUCUGCAGUCUGACGUGGCCUUACUGUCUGAGACCAAUGUCCUGUUUGUAGUAUGAAUAACGCUGUAUUGGCCUUUCUGUGAACAAAUGUGACUUUUGUACAGUUACAGAAUGUAAUAAAUGUUUUCUUAUGUCUGCACGUACGCCGAGCAUUGAAGUCUUAACCAAAGUUUAUUUAAAAAAAAAAA